AUGUCCUCUUCCUCGUCGUCGUCAUCCUCGGCCGAGGUCGAGCACCUCCGCUCGCUGCCGGCGAUCCGGGAGCGAUGCGCCAGGGUGUUUACCCUCGCGCAGCAAGGCCAGCUCGACUACUUUGACUACGUCGCGGACAACGAGGCGCAGGCGGUGGCCUACUGCCAAAAGAUCAUCGAGCGCGACUUUGGGCGCAACGUAGCCUCGAUUCCUCCCCAUGGCCGAUGGCGCCACUUUGACGCCAUGGGCCUGCCCCGCGUCACCACGCUCCUCGCCCAGUUCCACGCCCAGACGCCCAGUGUGCCGCCAAUCGAGGCCGCACGCAGGCUCGUCGAUCUCUUCGUCGUCAGCGUGCUCCUCGACGCCGGCGCAGGGCCCAGGUGGGUGUACGAGGAGCUCAAGACGGGCCUGCGCAUCGCCCGCAGCGAGGGCCUCGCCGUGGCAUCGCUCGACAUGUUUGAGAACGGCGUGUUUGCGCGCAACGAAGAGGAGGGCGGCGAUGGCGUGCGGGAAAAGUGCGAGGCACAAGCGCUCGCGAGACUCACGCCCGAGCUGCUCAGCAUCUCGCUCCAGGUGGACCCGGCCUCGAAUCCCAUGGACGGCCUCGAGGGCCGCGCCGGGCUCCUCGCGCGCCUGGGCAACGUCGUGAGCACAGACGCGCACGGCUACUUUGCCGGGCCCCAAGCCGGUAUCCCGGGCCCCGCCAAGCGGCCUGGCUUUCUCGUCGACUACCUCCUGGGCCAUGCCAGCACGCAAAAGAAUGCAACGGGGCAAGUCCAGGUCCAGGUCCCCGUCCUGUGGAAGGCGCUCAUCGAGGGGCUCGCGCCCGUCUGGCCCACCGAGGGCCGCACCGUGCUCGACGGCGUCGUCAUGGGCGACGUGUGGAAGUGCGAGGCCCUGGAGAAGCACGGCGGCUUCCAGGGACAGGAGGCCCUCGUGCCCUUCCACAAGCUCACCCAGUGGCUCUGCUACUCGAUCAUGGAGCCCAUGGAGCAGACGCUCGGCUGGAAGUUUGUCGGCGGCGAGCACCAGACGGGCCUGCCCGAGUACCGCAAUGGCGGCCUCCUCAUCGACACGGGUGUCCUCGUGCCCAAGCCGAGCGUGCAGGCCGCCUCGUCGGCGCCUGUCAGCGCAUUGCCCACCCUCACGCCGUCGCACCCGGCCGUCGUCGAGUGGCGCGCAUGCACCGUCAUCCUGCUCGACCGCAUCGCCGCCGCAUUGCGCAAGAGCAUGGGCCUGGCGGACGAGGACCUCAACCUCAAGCAGGUCCUCGAAGCUGCGACAUGGAAGGGCGGCCGCGAGAUUGCGCGGGAGAAGCGCCCAGAGACCGGUGGCCCGCCCAUCAACAUCGACAGCGACGGAACAAUCUUCUGAGGAUUCAGUCGACUAAGGGGAGGAGAUGGAUCAUGGUGU